CUAUAUAAUAAAACUGAGAAUACAAAAUCUAAUUCGGAAAUUCGUAAUAGAUAACUAAUAGAAUUAAUUAUUCAAAUCGCUAUAGAUUUCAGAUCGGCGUGUUCGAACUCAAAUCGUUCCAUAUGCAAACAGCGGGAUGAUGUUUACGUUAUCCAAGCUGUACCACCCGAUCGGUUUGCGGCUCGCGUUCUGAUUACGUGACAUGUGCGGAUAACUAACGACCAGACAUGUUGGUAUACGAUUACCUGAUGAUAACGAGCUCACAUUUUAGACAAACGCCUUCGCACAAUGUACACGAGCACUAGUUUGCUGUUGUUCUCGUCAAUUGUCGCUAUCGCAUCAGCGGCUCUAGUGAAAUGGGUGCCAAAUGGGAGCUUCAACUUGCCUGCCAACUUCAAAGACAAGAAACUGCCGUGUUCAAAGCAAACUGUUGUGUUUCCUGAUAGAAUGACAGGGUCAGUGAAAAUGCAGUCUGAGGAGAAAGUGAAAGAGCUUGUCUUGCCCGUGGAUGGUGAGAUUAUUCUCGAAACCUUGAUAGUUCUCGGUGAGGAUCCAACAGAAACGAAUUGCACAGAAGGUUACUCGUAUUAUAUGGAUCAGUCUAUGUCUUCGUGGGCCCAAGCGGGCGUUUGGAGUUCUCUUCGAUUCAAUGAAGCCACGCCUGAUUCUGAGAAGUUGCCCUGUGAAGGUGACGAUGUCGAAUUCCCGAAUGCCAAAUACACAGUGAUACUGCCGGAUUCAAUGCAGUCUGUGCGCAGUUUAAAAGUUAGCGGCGAGACCUACACCACCGAGUCGUUUCUAAGCCGAGCUUCGGAAUCUGAGGAGGAGCAAGCUUUUCAACUAAACAGCUUAUUACAAACAGGAGUUAAAGUUUCUUCAAGGACUUGUCGUCACAAAAAUGGUUGUCCGUGCCAGAAGUUUCCUUUGGAAAUCGACUGCUCUUUGAAAUAUUGUCCGCAACCAAGCUGCUUGGCGCCAAUCAAGCCGGACGGUUACUGCUGUAAGCAAUGCGGAGGAUACAUUACAUUUGAAAUUGACGACGACUUCGAUAUGAUAGCCUUCAAUGAGCUAGUGGAUAAAACUGUUCAGAGCUACGGGGGAAAUGUUGUGUAUCACAUCGGUUUCGCGCCGGUCAAAGAUUCUAGGACACUACAGCUUGUUGUUGUGGAAAAAGGAGCGUAUACCGGAACUAGUGCUGAAAUAGCUAAUUAUAUUGAUAAAACUAUCGAGAAACAUUGGUUUAAGAGUAGCAAGCUGGCGAAGAUUAGCGGAAGUCCACUUGACAAAGCAAAUUUGGGAGAGAAAAUGUUUUUCUCAAUGUUCUUUGCGGUCGCUUUAGUAAUGGGAGCCAUUUACUUAUAUUACUAUAGAUUACCUAAAAUAGAAUUUCCAGUAAUAAACAGAGGCUCUAGACGGAUGUUCAGCAGAUUCCAAAGAAGAACAGACAGCGUGGUGUCGUUGACCCGAAGAGAUUCGACCAUUAUAGGGGGCGGACGAACUGCGUUUAGGAACCCGAUGUAUGACUCAAGAAGGGGGCGUGUUGAGGUUGCAGAGUCAGUUGUUGAAGAAUAAUUGACUGACUCAGUAGUGCUCUAUGUAGUUAGCACUGCUGAGAGCUGGGCCAAGGGUUGGGUUGGUUCCGACCCCACAUUGGGCAAACAUUAUAAUGUUAUGUGAUGUGAUGAAUAAAUUUGCUUUUUGUCUAGGUGCUAAUAUAAUAUGUAUGUAUUUAUUGAAACUUAUAUCAGUUCUCAUAGCACAGGGAAUCCUAUUUUGGGGUUUAGUGAGCUAUUGUGACUCGCUCUCAGUUAUUAUUGUUAAUAUUAUUAUAGCUACGUUUCAAUAACUGCAUUCGAUUUUAACUGAACAAUGUAUUAUUUUAAAUGGCGUUUGAUCAUAAUAUUUAUUCCGCAUAUUUUUUUAAAUAAAAUUUAAUAAAGUGUAGGUACGCAUAAAAA